AUGGCAACCAAUCAACCAUACAGAAAUAAAAUAGAAACUAUGAGUGCCCAAGUAGUUGAUAGUAAUCCUUAUUCAAGGUUAAUGGCACUAAAAAAAAUGGGUAUAGUUAAUAAUUACGAGGAAAUUAGAAAUUACACAGUUAUGAUAAUUGGGCUUGGAGGUAUUGGUAGUGUUGUAGCAGAAAUGUUAACAAGAUGUGGUAUUGGUAAAUUAAUAUUGAUAGAUUAUGAUACUGUAGAGAUUGCAAAUAUGAAUCGUUUAUUUUUUAGACCAGAACAAGCAGGAAAAACUAAAACAGCAGCAGCAAAAGAAACAUUAGAGUUAAUUAACCCAGAUGUAGAGUUUGAAACUUACAAUUACAAUAUCACUACAAUGGAUAACUUUGAACAUUUUAAAGAGAGAAUAGAAAAAGGUGGUUUACAAAAAGACACUUCAGUAUCACUAGUUUUAGGAUGUGUGGAUAACUUUGAGGCACGUACAGCAAUCAAUCAAGCAUGUCUAGAACUAUCAAAGUGUUGGAUGGAGUCUGGAGUAUCAGAAAAUGCUAUUUCAGGACACAUUCAAUUUAUUAAACCAGGUGAAACUGCAUGCUUUCAAUGUGUGCCUCCAUUGAUCGUGGCAAGUGGUAUUGACGAACGUACCUUAAAGCGUGAAGGCGUAUGCGCUGCAUCAUUACCAACAACUAUGGGUAUUGUCGCUGGAAUGUUAACUCAAAACACUCUAAAGCAUUUAUUAGGUUUUGGCGAAGUCUCUUCAUUAUUGGGCUAUAAUGCUUUACUAGAUUACUUCCCAAAGGAUACCAUCAGACCAAACCCAGAAUGUACAAAUCAAUAUUGCAUCAAGCUUCAAUUAUCUUACAAAGAAUAUUUAAAAAACAACCCUACACCAGUAACACCAACACCAAUAGUCGAACAAAUCAAACCAUCAACUGAAAAUGAAUGGGGUAUUGAAUUAGUAGAAGAUGAAAAUAUAGAUAUCAAUAAAUUAAAUGAAAAUAUUUUGAACAAUAAUAAUAAACCUUCAGGUGACUCCUCAUUCGAAUUCUCAUAUGACAAAAAACCAACUGUACAGAUCAAUAACGAAAAUACCGUCAAAGUAGACACAAAUACAAACCUUAAUGAUUUAAUGAACCAAUUAAAAAAUUUAAAAUAA